AUGAAACUUUCUCUUUCUCUCAUUCCCGCGGCUUUUGCCUCCCUUCAAAGCACUCAUGCUGAAAACGAUCGAAAGGUCCCUCCCCGAACCCCCGAACAACGCUUGAACCGAUUGAACCAAUUCGCCGAAGAAAUCCUCAUCCAGCACUUUCCCCAGCUCCCUUCGCAAGAAAAAUGGAUCGGCAAGUUUCGAAAAAACGCCGGCCGAAUGCUCCGAGCUUUUGAGCGAGAAAACUGCGGCUUCUUCGACCCUUCUCUUCCCCACGGCGGACCAGACCCAGAUUUCGACGAAGACCGAUACGACCGAGAAAACCCUAGAAUUGGCGUGAAACAGAUUACGACCGGCUACCGCAAGUGGGCGGAGAGAUACAUCAACAAGUGCGCCGGGCAGCGAAAGCACAAGUACCAAGUGACGAGAAUGAAUCGAUGGAACCAGCUUCUUCAAAACCACUACAACAGAUUCAACCCGCUGGAGUGA